ACUUUGGACAUGAAUAAACUGAUGAAACGCUAAUUAGAUUGCUCCGUAAUGAGAUAUUUAAAUGCAUUUUCAUAGCAACUAAAAAGCCUUUUCAACGGAGUUUUAUGUUCUAAUAAUUGUAAACAGCCAACAAAUCGAUUUCAGAGUAGUGUAUUCAGUCGGUGAACAGAAUUCAAUUGGAAUUGACAAUGAAGCAAAAGCAGAAGUUGAAAGAACAAAUUCGAACAAGUUCUGAGAAAUUUCAGGAAAUUUCGACGGAGUUUUGUAAUCAAUCAAGCAUUCAUGGUGUUCGAUAUUUGGCUGAGAGAAAACAACACUGGAGCGAAAGAAUUUGGUGGAUCUUUGCUUUCGUAUUAUCGGCAUUGGUGUGCAUUUCAUCCAUUCGAAUCUCUUGGAUGAAGUGGAGCGAAAAUCCGGUUUCAAUUAUCUUUGACGAUAAACCAAAUUCGAAACAAAUUUCGAAGAUACCUUAUCCAACAGUCACUAUUUGCCCUGAAACGAAGACAUGCAGACAAAAAUUGGAUUUUACCGCUGUGCAAUCGGUUAUUAUGAAUAAAACCGAUCUGAAUUUGUCGGAAAUUGAAAAUGCGCGAUUGAAUUCCUUGGCCCAUUUAUGCGAACAUUUGUCCGAUACGUAUAACUUUCAAGAUGAAUUCACUGGGGAAUGGAUUUAUGAUAUAUUUAGCGAUAUGGCACCUUCUCUCCAUCAUACAUUGAACCACUGUACUUGGCAAGAUAAGGAUCGUCCGUGCGGUGAAAUUUUUGUUCCCGUUUUGACCGAGAAUGGCCUUUGUUUCACAUUCAAUUCCAUCAAUUCACAUGAAAUUUACACCGCAGACAUGGCACCUGGGAUGAUGAAUGUCAAUCACAACCAAAACAUAUCACAUUGGAACAUUGAAAGUGGAUAUGAAAAUGGACUAAAUAAAGAAUAUCCAAUUCGAGUUUGCAAUGCUGAAUAUCGCGCUGGAUUAGUUUUAUCUAUUCAACUAUUCAAAAGAGAUCUCGAAUAUAUGUGCCACAAAAGAGGACUUGGUUUUACAGUGAUUUUAACGGCACCUGGCGAAACCGUAAUAACGAUGCGCAAUUCUUUUCGAGUCUCGGUCUUGGAAGACACACGUAUUGCAAUCAAGCCAAAAUACAUGACCACUUCAAAUGGAUUACGCAAUUAUAAACCGAAUGAACGGCAGUGCUUCUUCAGUGGCGAAAAAAAAUUGCGUUUCUUCAAAAUCUAUUCACAACACCACUGUGAAAUUGAAUGCUUAUCCAAUUUUACUCGGAGCCUGUGUGAAUGUGUGAAAUUUUCUAUGCCGAGAGAUAUUGAUACAAAAAUUUGUGGCGCAUCCAAAAUAUCGUGCUAUGAGGAAGCCAAUUACAACUUUUACACAGAAGAUAUUGGCGAUUCGUCAAAAUCAUACCGCGAUGAAUGUAAUUGUUUACCUGCAUGCGUCUCCAUCGAAUACGAUGCGGAAGUCGAUCGUAAUAAAUACGAUUUGGAGAUUUUGCAACAAAAUCUGGGCACCUCAAAUAUGGAAGUACGUCCGUCUCGGGUGUCGAUCUUUUUCCGAGAUCACCAAGUGGAAAAAAAGCAACGCAAGGAAUUGUAUAGUAGAACCGAUUUCCUCGCCGUUUGUGGUGGUUUACUGGGAUUAUUCUUGGGUGUUUCCGUGUUGAGCGUUAUCGAAUUCAUUUAUUUUUUCACACUUCGAUUAUUUCUGAACGUUCAAAAUGCAAAAUCGCACAAUAUUGUCACACCAAUGGAGCACAAAGUUAGAAAUGUGAUUCCAAUUGAUAAAUCCAAUGAAGAUAGAUUUUAA